GCAGGGUAUAAGUGCCCGCAGAGGCGGCCGCUCCCCGCUGCCGAGCACGGCAGAUGGGGCGGAUGGCCCGGUGCGGGGCUCUGCUCCAGCUUCUGCUGCUGCUUGCAGCCUCCUGCCUGCACGCUGGUGAGGCCUUCAGAUGCUUUACAUGCGAGCAGCCCACGGCCAUUCAUUUAUGCAAGAACGUUACUCGCUGCAAGCCGGAGGCCACGGCCUGUAUGACCACGCUGGUGCUGAUGGAGGCCGAGUACCCCUUCAACCAGAUGCCCCUGGUGACCCGGUCCUGCUCCAACUCCUGCUUUGCCACCGACCCCGACAGCAUGGGGAGCACCCGCGCCGUCUACUGCUGUUUCCGCGAUCUGUGCAACUCCGUGCAGGCCACCAAGCUCCGUGUCAGGGCCCUGGCCCCGCUGGGGGCCCCACUCCUUCCCUGAAGGGCCUGCCACCACCAGAGGCCACCCGUAGCCGCACGCUUCCAGAAGCUUCCGGUUAAUCAUGGGACUCAAGGGGUGAGAGCCUUGCCAGGGGCCUCCCU